AGGAGAGCGGCGUCAUCUUCAACGUAGCGGGAGACGGCAUUUACAGCACACAUGGGAGACAAUCUGACACAAGGAAUAUGCAGCCUCCCAGAGAACUUCUCUUUUGGCUUAUAAUUCAGAUGUCCAACUUUCCAGUUGUUGAAGAUGUGUGAUUUCAAGAGGAUCCAACAUGAAUGAGACUGGAUUUCAAACUCUGGCUACGGAGCCAUGUGACCAACAGAUCCAACUAGAUUUGGACAACAACGGUGGGAAUUGCAGUACGGGUUCCACCGGUAACCUGUCCCUGCACUGCUGGCUACAGCUGCUAACGAGGGAAUCUACCACGGAGUUCCAAGGAGACAGCUCCAGCUUGGUGGUGCGUGUGAUGAUAGCGUGCGUCUACUCUGUGGUGUGUGCGCUCGGGCUGGUGGGGAAUGUGCUGGCGCUCUAUCUGCUUCACUCGCGCUACAGGCAGAAGCAAUCGUCCAUCAACUGCUUUGUGAUGGGGCUGGCCAUUACGGAUUUGCAGUUUGUACUGACUUUGCCCUUCUGGGCGGUAGACACGGCUCUGGAUUUCCGCUGGCCUUUUGGACGUGUCAUGUGCAAAAUCAUCAGUUCCGUCACCACCAUGAACAUGUACGCCAGUGUUUUCUUCCUCACGGCAAUGAGUGUGGCACGUUAUUACUCCAUCUCCUCUGCACUGAAGAUGCACAGCAGGAAGACGGCAGCAGCCAGAGCCAAGUGGACAAGCCUGGGCAUCUGGGCUGUGUCCCUAUUGGUCACUUUGCCGCAUGCCAUCUACUCUACCACCGCCCAAGUGUCGGAUGAGGAGCUCUGUUUGGUGCGCUUCCCAGACACGGCCAACUGGGAUCCGCAACUUCUUUUAGGCUUGUACCAUCUGCAAAAGGUCCUGCUUGGCUUUCUCAUCCCGCUGAUCAUCAUCACGGUCUGCUACCUGCUUCUCCUGCGCCUCGUCCUCAGCCGACGCAUUUCAGGCGCUGCUGGUCCGGAGGUGGAGCAAUGCCGUCAAAGCCGGCGCUCCAAAGUAACCAAAUCCAUUGUAAUCGUGGUUCUGUCCUUCUUUCUGUGCUGGCUUCCCAAUCAGGCACUGACGCUGUGGGGGGUGCUCAUCAAGUUCGACCUAGUGCCCUUCAGCAAGGCUUUCUACAACACACAAGCCUAUGCCUUCCCCCUGACGGUGUGCCUGGCGCACACCAACAGCUGCCUCAACCCUGUGCUCUAUUGCCUGAUACGUCGUGAGUUCCGUGCAGGUCUCAAGGAGAUUGUCCUCCACACUACACCGUCUUUCAGGGGUCUGACUCAUCUGCUGCGGCGCAAAGGCAAAGUGGCAGAAGCACCACCUGUCCUGGUGUUGGUCCAGAUGGACGUUUGACCUUAAAAGACAUUUUGAAGGUGAGGGUGAAGACUAUUAUAGAUUUGCAAAAGGAUGCCUUCACCUCAAUUCUGCCGAGGCAGCACGUCUUUAAUCAUAUACCUCUUAUGUGCAAAUAAUCACAUACUAGAUGCAGUGGGAUGUGCCCCAUUUUCUCCUCAGCUUCGUCUGAGUACUCCUUAUAUGAUCGUUCAUCUUCUCCAGCUAUUUGUCGAUCUGACAAGCAUCACUCCUCCGGAAUGCAACCAUGAAUAUGUAUAAACGUCAAUCAUAAAUGACAUUUAGCAGAGUUGACACUUGUCUGGGAUGUUAAGUAGUGUAAUCUGCUACACAGUGAGUGGACAGAAAAAAGGUAACAAGCUGAAGCUCUCUGGCUGAUGAAUGGGGGGGCAGUCAUGAUUAAUACAUUGUGAUGGGAAAUGUAGAAAAAACUGUAGAGUCCAAUUCUAUCCAGGUCAACGGUGUGUGUGACUGACAGGAAGAGAAGCUCUGCCUCACAUCAGAAGAAGUUGUUUGGUGUUUCUUGUUGGCUUUUAGGGGCGGCACGGUGUUCUAGUGGUUAGCGCGCUGACCUCACAGCUAAGAGACCUGGGUUCAAUUCCACCCUCGGCCAUCUCUGUGUGGAGUUUGCAUGUUCUCCCCGUGCAUGCGUGGGUUUUCUCCGAGUACUCCGGUUUCCUCCCACAUUCCAAAAACAUGCUAGGUUAAGCGGUGACUCCAAAUUGUCCAUAGGUAUGAAUGUGAGUGUGAAUGGUUGUUUGUCUAUAUGUGCCCUGUGAUUGGCUGGCGACCAGUCCAGAGUGUACCCCGCCUCUCGCCCGAAGACAGCUGGGAUAGGCUCCAGCACCCCCGCGACCCUUGUGAGGAAAACGCGGUAGAAAAUGAAUGAAUGAAUGUUGGCUUUUAUCAGUGGUGUUCAAACUCUUUCCAGCAACGGCAUCGUGAAAAAUGAAAGGAUGCAAGGGCCACUAUAUUUUGCAAAGCAACACAUGUAGAUAUGCUAAGUUAUAUAUAAAUCUAGAAGAAACUGCAUCUCAGCUAUACAGGUGAAGGUUUUUGUGUGAGGUUUUUGUGUAGUAUGAACUUUCCACAUAUCUUCUUCCUUAUUUGUAAAUGUAAUUAUUUUAAUAUUCAAACUUUAUUCCCAGAUUAUUUUUAACCUAAUUUUACAAAAAUUCCAACUUUAUUUUCUUUUUGGCAUAUUAUCAAGUUUAUUUUUUACUAAAAUGACAUAAUAUUACACUUUUGUUCUCGUAAAAUUGCAAAUUAUUUGUUGAAACUUUUCUCAUAAACCCUUUGUAUUGAGUUGUGGUCGUCUCCUUUUUAAUUUAUUCCGCCUCUGGGCAUGCCCAAUUGGCUGUGAUUGGUCCCACGCCCAAAGUACUCCCGAACUACAAACCAUAUAAGGAACUCUGCCCUCUGUGACAUCAUAAAGGGGCAGUUUUACCACGCCUUUUCAAACAGAGCGUUUUGAGACAUCCCGACCUUUUUUCAGGGCUCACUUCCAAAGACACAAACCUCAUUAUCUGAAACUUUGGCAUUGUUUAACAUGAGAAUACAACAUUAUAACUACAUUUAUAGGUCAGAAAAGUGGAAAAAGCAUAAUAGGUCCCCUUUAAUAUUUGGACUAGUUUUUGGUAUUUCUGCUGUUGCUUUUAUUAUUUUACAACUAUUUCAGUUUUCCUCUUGGAAGUUUUCUUCUCAUAAUUAUGAACAUUAUAACUCUUUGAUUAACCUAAUUUUCUGAAAAUUAUUGUUGUUUGUUUGUUAUUGUUUGUUUCUCAUAUUAUUGUGACUUAACGAAAACUAAAAGAAAUUUAUAUUUCAACAUUAUGCCACUAAAAUGACUUUUCCUCAUAACAUAAAAUUACAACUUUUUUUUUAUAUUGUAACUUUUCUGUCUUAAUAUUUGGACUUUCUUCUUGUAAAAUUGCUGCUAUUUGUAUUUAUUUAGUUAGUUAUUGCUGCUGUUGUUUUUUGUUUUUUGUUUAGUUUUCUUCUUAGAUUAUAAUGUCAGAAUGUGCCGUCGGUCAAUAAACAACCAUCCACAAGCUGCAAAUAGCUGUUUCGUCAAAUUUGGCUUAUUUGAGAAUAUAUUGUUGAAAAUAAGCAUCACAUGACUGUACAUGUAAUAACCAAAGAGUAUGACAAUUGUUCUGAUUAUGAUGUAAAAUGUGCAUGUUUUUCAAACCCCUGAGAGAAAUUUUGUUCAAUAUUCAUGUGACAUGCAAAAACCAUUCCAUGCAUUAUAUGAUGCUAGGUGGUUGUACAAAGUAAAUAUUCGGGAAAUCUAGUACUACUAAGAUUUUUCAAACAUCAUUGUGACAACUAUUCAAAUGAUUGUAACAAGAGAAGACUGGAUAAACCAAUGGUAUAUAACUAUUAUUGUUCCAAUGUUACAACUGUGUGGUAAUGAGUAGUGACUUGAUGCUAUUCCUCUUUCAUUCGAGGUUUAUCAACCUAAUCUG